AUGCUAAAGCGAGCAACGUCCCAAACGCCACUCCCAGAGGAAAGUCCAGCAAAGAAGCAGUCCAAGUGGACACCGGAAGAGGACAAUCUGACCAUUGAAUUGCGAGGCCAAGGAAUGAAAUGGGACGACAUCGCAAAACGCCUACCCGGAAGAAGUUCCAUUUCGUGCCGACUGCGCUACCAAAACUACCUGGAAAAGCGAGCGGUAUGGGAUGAGGAAAAGAAGAACAAGCUGGCGCGACUCUACGCUCGAUUCAAGGACCAAAUGUGGCAGAAAGUGGCCACUGAGAUGGGCAUUCCAUGGCGGUCGGCGGAGUCCAUGCACUGGCAACUCGGAGAGCAAGAAAUGAGCGCACGCGCGAAUGCACCUGUCUUCCAACUACAUCCUUCGGCUACGAGUACAGGUCUCAAUUCCCCCCCUAAUGCGUCCGCCGUACCAGUUCCUAUGCCCGGACAACCACCGCCUCCGCCUCUUGUGCAAACCCAAGCUCCACCUUCGCAUGGCUUCACACCAGCAAACGCACCACAGCCGAUGCCUUACGCUCAACCGCCGGCGCCUCCGCCGCCACAACAGCAGCAAUACCAGCAGCCGCCUGCGCUAGCACAAGCCCCCGCGCACCCUUCCCACCGCCGCUCCGACAGCAACUCCAGCCAGGGACGAAGGAAUAGCUCCUUCAGCCGAAGGCGCGCCAGGAAUAGUGUACCUCCUCAACUCGGACCGACUCUCCCACAGUUGCACCCCCAGUCCGAGGCCGAUCUUAUCAGUGGGGCAAGGACUGCGCCCGCGCCUGACACUAACAGCACGAAGGAAGACGAAGGACCGUUGGGCGAAGCGUUUGGCAAGAGAAAACGGGAGGACGAGGGCUCGCAUGGCUUGCGGGCUGACGUAGAUGCGCGGAGUCAAGGCGGAAGAAGUCCUGAUCGGACCUCGCAACGAAGUGGUACGGGCAGCGUGAAGAGCUUGAAGCGGAGUGUUGGAGAUGCGGACGAAGCAGAGCAGGCAAGGAUGGAGCCACCGGCAACCACAGCUUGA